CAGUGACUGACACACUGGUAUAAAUCCACCUCUGUAUAUUUAGUCGGUCCUUUUCUCCACGCAAAGCUGCAGUGAAGUCCAGGCUACACAAGUAGCUUCGACUUUUUUUUUUUCCUCCUUCUGUCAUGGCAGAUCAGGCUUUUGUUACGUUGGCUACCAAUGACAACUAUGCUCGGGGAGCCAUGGUUUGGGGCAAGUCCCUCCGUAACCACAAUACAUCCAAGAAGUUGGUGGCACUCAUUGGUCCACAAGUGUCAGAGCCUUGCCAGUCCGUGCUGAAGAGGAUCUUUGACGAGGUGAGGGUGGUGGAUGUGCUGGACAGUGGCGAUACGGCACACCUGGCCAUGAUGAAGAGGCCUGACCUGGGCGUCACCUUCACCAAACUCCAUUGCUGGACUCUGACGCACUACUCCAAAUGUGUUUUCAUGGACGCAGACACACUGGUGCUUUCAAAUAUAGACGAGCUGUUUGACAGAGAAGAGUUGUCAGCUGCUCCUGAUCCCGGCUGGCCUGACUGCUUCAACUCUGGUGUGUUUGUUUUUUGUCCUUCUAUGGAGACCUAUGGCAAACUGCUUCAGUAUUGUACAGAACACGGCAGCUUUGACGGUGGAGACCAGGGUGUUUUGAAUGGCUUCUUCAACAAUUGGGCAACAGCUGACAUUUCAAAACACCUCCCCUUCAUCUACAACCUCAGCAGCAUAGCCAUCUACACCUACCUUCCAGCAUUCAAGCAAUAUGGUGGCAAUGCUAAGGUGGUCCACUUCCUAGGAAAGACCAAGCCAUGGAGCUACGCAUUUGACCCCAAAACCAAACAGAUUGCAGGGAGCGUGCAGGAGGCCGCCACACACUCUACCUUCCUCCUGGACUGGUGGACCCUGUACUCCAGUGCUGUGGUGCCCAUGCUGCAGGAACAAUACGGAGACCAACCUUUCCACUCCGGAUGUGUGGAGUUCCAGUACAGUGACAUGGUCACUUUUCAGAGCGCACAGGGUGAGGGUCCCUCUGCACUUGUACAUGCACAAGCACUCGAGUCCCAGCUGUCCUCUGAAGAACGGAAGCAGAAAUGGGAGCAAGGUCAGGCAGACUACAUGGGAAUGGACUCAUUUGACAAUAUCAAGAAAAAGCUUGACACGUUUCUCAAAUAAAGAAGCAAUGAAGUGGGAUAUCAAAAUAGCACGUGCAGUUUUUCACUACGUCUCAAGAAAAUACUGUAAAACAGGUUGCCUUUUUUCCCCUUCCUACCUGUUUCUCAACUAAAAAUGAGUUGAGUCUCUCCUUACACCAGCACUGCCCCCUCAUACUCCAAAGACAACGCCGUUUUUAAAUGAGAAAUAAAAAGUUAAAUAUUAUGAACGGCUUUUAAUUGUCUAUGCAAGAUCGUCAUUGUUCAGUUUACUCUGCCGCAGGUAUCUCUUCUGUUACACUGUGAAGGAAAAUCAGAAAAUAUUUAUAACAAAAAUUCACUUUUUUUUUUAAGGUACUUGGAUUAGAUUUUUUUUCUCUUUGUGCUGAAAAGAUGGUAAAAAGAGUUGAAAUUGUCUAAGAUAAGCGGUCACUUACAUUUUUCAUUUUCUUUUGUUUUUUACUAUACAGUCAUCAAGCAAUAAUAUUUUCUUUUCUCAAAAGUUGAUUUUUUUUGUUUGAAUUGAAGCUCUAUUUAACAUACACAUAAAACAUGUUUACAGCACUCGUAAAGGCCAUAGUAUGGUCAUUUAGACAUACACAUAGAUACUUUAGUGUCUCGCUUUCUCUAUUGCCAUCAUCGUAUCUGUACUUUUCUGUAGAUUUGAUUUAUAACUUUCUUGUGUUUACUUGACCAGGAUGUUUGCUGUACUUCAUCAAGAAAUAUUAAAAACCUCAUUUAAAGUUU